CCCGCCGCCCUUCGCCGCUCCUCCAAGCAAAGCCCGCCUUUUUCUCGCAGCCCCGCCCGCUGAGGGACGCCGCCAUGUUGCGGGGAGCUUCGGCGAGGCGGGGACAGCGGUUGGGGCUGCUGCGCUGGUACCAGAUCCCGCUGUCCUCGGCUCGCGUGCCCCGCUCGGGGCUCUUUAGCUCUUCCUUCCAGUACAGCCUUUGUUCCUACCAGCAGCUCCGUGUCAGUAAGCACCUGCGGGUGGGCCGCCCCUUCCUCCCGCCGCCCCUCGGCCCGGUGGAUCCGCGUCCCCCGGCCUCCCCGCCCCCACCGCAGCCCCACAGCGCCGAGCCAGGUGAGGCCUGCCCUGGGUGCCCCAUGCAGCUCCGCAGCAUCCGCCAGGGGCCAAGCAGGGCACGACGGCCUCGUGCCGGUCCACGGCGUUCGGCCCAGCAGGGCUCAGCCUCGCGCUCCCCACGCAGCGCAGUGCGGCCCAGCAGCAUCACUGAGAGCAGGACGGUGCUGCAGCGAGCAGAGGACGUGGCAGCAACAUCCUCCAGCGACAGCGAGGAGGAGCUGAUCCCUCUGAAGGAGCUGCUGGCGUGCAGUGGGCCCUCAAGCCCUGCUGAGCACAGUGAGGUUGCAUGCCUGCAGCCAGACCCGCUUGCCAACAGCCUGGAUGCACUGCUGCUGGAGAAAAGGGAGCAGCGCGUGGCCAACGCCGGGCAGCCCAGCCUGACGCAGGCCGGCGUGGACAACCUCCAGGAGUCAUCAGACGAGGACACGCAGCUCCUGGAGGAGCAGAGGGCCUUCCUGUCCCGCUUCAACAUGAAGCUGCUCGCCUUCCCCGCCACGCACCCCGGGGAGCCCAUCUUCCACGCCUGCCCGCUCCCACCGCCCACCCUGGACACCCGUGGGCUGCAGCCUCGCAGCGUCCUGGAGCAGAAUUUCCUCGACGCCUCGCCUGCCUCCCAGCUGGCUUUUGUGCGUGACGGCUACCUGCAGCUGCUCUACCAAACCACAUCUGCCUGCCCGCCGCCCGUCCUACGCUGGCUUUUCCAGCUGAUGAGCACGAGGCCGGACAGGAGCAACGCGUUCCGGGCGCUGUGGGAGAUGUGGAUGAGAAGCGAUGACGAGCCCUGGUGCCCCACGCUGCAGGACGUUGGCCAGGCCUUUGCCUACAUGGGCGCUGACCUGCAGGCCCUGCGCUGCCGGCGGCUGCUGCCCCCCGAGCUGUGCCCCAUGGACACGAGGCUGGAUCCGAAAUGCUCCGUGGAGCAGGGAAACCCGGGUGCCGUCAACACGCUGGCCCUGGUGACGCAGCUGGGGGACGUCUGCAAGCUGCUGACGGUGUGCGUCCUCGCCUGCCCGUGCCGCUACCCCGACCGCGCCCGCCGGGAGCUGGUGACGCUGCUCUGCUUCCUCAGCCUCGACCGCGAGCUGCGCUGCCAACCUCUGCCCGACGUGUGGCACCUCCUGCACUGCCUGCUGGAGGGCAUCGCGGCCUGGAAGGAGCAGCUGCCCGCGCUCUGCCUGUCGCUCUGCCGGCUCUCCCGGCACCACCACAACCUGCUCGCCGUCGCGCGGCUGCUGCCGGACGUCACCGCCAGGCAGAGGGAGCUCCGCAGGCGCCUGAGCCUUUGCGCCAUGGCCCAGCUGCUGGGGAAGGCGCCGUGCACCGUGCUGUCCCUUAGGGCGCAGGAAGAGCUGCCUGCGCUGGAGCAGCUGCUGGCGCAAUCCUGGCCGGACAGCCUGCAGCUCCCCACUGAGCCCGAAGCGACGGACGUGGAGCAGGAGACCUGCUACCUGAGCCGCAGCCUCCUCUACCUCGCCGACAUCGUGGUGGGCACGGAGCGGCCGCGCAACGAGCAGAAGGGGCAUCUAGAGAAGCUGUGCACCCAGCUGGAGCAGUACUUUGGGUCGUGGCUGCGUGAGGACAUGGGGCAGUUCUACCGCUCCCAGCUGAAGAACCUGGCCAUGGUGCUCUACGUCAAGUGGCACGAGCUGCUGAAGUAAGGGGGCACCCCGGGGUCCCCAAUAAAC